AUGUUUCAACACCCUCACAACCCCAACGCCAUCCCCACUUGUGGAGUCUACAUCUUCAUCGACAACAAUAUCAAGUUCCUUCCCAUCGUGUCACUUGAUGUGCACACUUCUAUCGUGGCCUCAACGUCGCGGACAGUCUUGACGCAGACGUUCGCUACCACGGGCCGCUCGCUCAAGAAUGUGAAAUAUGUCUUCCCUCUCUAUGAUGGCGUCUCCGUGGUCGGGUUCCAAUGCACCGUCGGAUCACGCGUCAUCAAGGGCGUUGUGAAGGAGCGCGAAGAAGCCAAGCAAGAAUACAAGGAUGCAGUUGCAAGCGGCAAGAUGGCUGGUUUGCUCGAGCAGUCUUUGGAGGCGUCUGACGUCUUCACCACCUCGCUCGGCAACAUCCCCAGCCGGGCUGAGAGCGUCAAGGUUGAAAUCACAUAUCUAGGAGAGCUGAAGCAUGAUGCUCAAGUGGAUGGAUUACGCUUCACCAUCCCCACUAGGGUGGCUCCACGAUAUGGACAACAUUGCAUCACUGGUAGCGAUACUUUCCAAGGUGGAAAGCAUAUCAACGUCACGGUUGAUGCUGACGUGUCCAGUGGCUCAGCUAUAAAGAGCAUCCAGUCGCCGUCCCAUCCAAUCUCUGUCAAUAUAGGCACUCUUUCCACCGACACCUCCGCUUCACCGUCUCUACAGAGAGCUCACGCCACUCUGUCGCAAGGAUCAGCAGAGCUUGAAAAGGAUUUCAUCAUCCAGAUUGUCGCCACCGGCCUCGGAGACCCCAUCGCUGUCCUAGAGACACACCCUACCAUCCCAAACCAACGGGCUUUGAUGGCGACGCUCGUCCCCAGGUUUAACUUGCCCAUGGAAAUGACAGAGGUCGUUUUUCUCUGCGACAGAAGCGGAAGUAUGGGGAAUGGGCAGAAGAUUCCCAACAUUGUUGAAGCACUAAAGAUUUUCCUUAAAUCUUUACCUGUGGGAGUCAAGUUCAACAUUUGCAGCUUUGGAUCACGAUAUUCAUUCCUGUGGGAACGGUCCAUGUCAUAUGGGGAAGAGACAUUGGAAACUGCCAUACGCCAUGUCAGUGAGUUUGCGGCAAACUUUGGCGGUACUGAAAUGUACGAGCCAAUGCAAGAGGCAUUCAAGCGGCGCUACAAAGACUUGAACCUCGAAGUGUUUUUGCUCACUGAUGGAGAGAUCUGGAGUCAAGAACAGCUGUUUCAGCUCAUCAAUAAGGAAGUCUCUGAAAGCAAAGGUGCAAUCCGAGUCUUUACUCUUGGCGUGGGAAGAGAUGUCAGCCAUGCCUUAGUUGAAGGUGUCGCCCGCGCAGGCAAUGGAUUUGCCCAGACAGUAGGAGAGAACGAAAAGAUGGACAAGAUGUUGGUCCGAAUGCUGAAGGGGGCUCUGACUCCCCAUAUUACGGAUUACUCCCUUGAAAUCAAGUAUGAGGGCAAUGACGGUCCAUCUAAUGAGGGAGACGAUGACUUUGAGGUUAUCGAAAAGGUUAUGGACGCGAUGACGCUAGAUAUUCAUCCCUCUGGACAAGUAGAAGAAAACCGCCCUGAAACAACUCAACAACCUAUUUCUCUAUUUGACCAGAGCGUCCAAGAUAUGGAGUUGGAGAUGCCCACGGCCUCCAAUUCGGUCAAAGCAAAACUUCCACCUGUGGCUGUUCCUCGAUAUCUUCAAGCCCCGUUCCAAAUCCCACCUCUUUUCCCGUUCAACCGCACCAGUGUCUACGUCUUGCUCUCCGAUUCGACACCAAAUCGUCAACCCAAGAGUGUCAUACUUAGAGGAACCUCUGUACAAGGCCCACUCUCACUGGAGAUACCGAUCGCAACUCUUACUGAGAGAGGUACUACUAUUCAUCAAUUAGCAGCACGAAAGGCGACUAGAGAGCUCGAAGACGGCCGUGGUUGGAUAUUCCACGUCAAGAAUCAAGAUGGGAAGCUCUUGCAGCAACAAUUUGACGGCCAAUUCAGCGACAUGGUGAAGAGAGAGGCAGUGCGCCUGGGAACGCAAUAUCAAGUUAGCAGCAAAUGGUGCUCGUUUGUUGCCAUCCAAGAUGCUGAUAAAAAUGCCAACACGAGAGAAGCGCAUGCAGAGAAUCGCGAAGAUGACGAUGAGGAGGACGACGUUGAAGAGAUCUCGAUUGACGAAGUAGAAGUUCCGGCAGCAGCUGAUGUUUCUAUUUCUACUAGGUUGCGUCGUUUUGCUUCUGGGAUGCCUGCUCCUGGGAUGGCGGGUGGUGGCUCUGGGAUGGAGCGCGCUGCCUUCUUUGGAAGGGCGCCACGCCUCCAACUCGCAUCGCAUGCUGCUAGGAUGUCGGUGCCAGAUUCUGGUUUUACGAGGAACCGUGACGUUGCAGUACCGGAAACUCUUUCAGCGACCAAACGCAAAAAGGUUGCCGCCCAUCAGGUUCAGCAGAUGGCUCAGCAGCAGCAAAUGGCUCAGCAGCAGAUGGUUCAGCAGCAGCAGCAGCAGCAGCAGCAGCAUCAGGGUCAGGCGAUGUUUUUUGGUUCCGCUCCUAUGCUACAGGCCCAACAGAGUGCUCAACGGAACCAAAUCCGUGCUCAACGGAACCAACUCCGUGCCAGUCAGCCUGUGUUUAAUAGCUCUUCUGGCGGACCGUUUGGUGGUUCCACUAGCAACAGCAACACUGGAGGUGGUUUGUUUGGCAGCUCUUCUCCUGCUGCUGUGCAAUUUGGUAAUUCCACGAACACGUCUGGAGCUGCGUUUGGUAACUCUUCUCCUGCUGGUGGUUUGUUUGGCAGUUCGUCCAGCACCCCUUCUGGAGGUGGUUUGUUUGGUAGCUCUUCUCCUGCUUCUACCACAACCCCUGCUGCUGGUGGUUUGUUUGGUAGUUCGUCCAGCACCUCGUCCGGAGGUGCUUUGUUUGGCCGUCCCGCAGUUCCUUCUUCCACUGGUGCUGUAUUUUCUUCUAUGGAUACUACUCCGGCAACCGGCAAGAGCCCCAUUGACAGAAGCAGCAAUGAUGUGUUGCCAAUUCUAUCCGGUUUGCAAUCUUUCGCUGGAAACUGGCAGUGGAGCCCAAGUCUCGAAAGCGUUCUGGGCAUCACAUUGCAGACUUCACAGGCGCAGAUUCAGCUCCCUAGUCAAUAUACCAGGCACAUGGAUGUGCUGGCAACGCUUUGCGCCGUGGUGUUCCUGAAGAAGAAACUGGCAGCUGAAAAGGAUUCGUGGGAACUGAUUGUGCAGAAGGCGGAGGAUUGGCUGAAAGUUCAGACUGGAGACGACGUGGUAAUAUUGGAGAAGGAUGUUGAGGACAAACUAUUUCCCAACUGAAGACAAUUUACGAAUUUACGAAUUAAGAGGCUGGUCAGAGAGCGUCCAAGAUUGACUGUUAUUUGUUAUGGGAAGGGAAUGCGUGAUACAAGAAGUAGAAGAUACGAUCAGUUUCAAGAUAAGGAGAUUGCUAUUUCAAAUUGACACUUUAUGCUGCG